AUGGAAGUGGAUGGUUUAGACUCUAUGUAUGUUACAUAUGCCAGGGUUUGGAUCCCUGAUCCAGAGGAGGUCUGGAAGUCAGCAGAACUUCUCAAAGAUUAUAAACCUGGAGAUAAAGUCCUCCAGCUUCGACUUGAAGAGGGCAAGGACCUAGAAUACUGCCUAGAUCCGAAGACCAAGGAACUCCCGCCCUUGCGAAACCCUGACAUACUUGUUGGUGAAAAUGACCUCACAGCGCUCAGUUAUCUCCACGAACCUGCUGUUCUACACAACCUCAAAGUUCGAUUCAUAGACUCUAAGCUAAUCUAUACCUAUUGUGGUAUCGUCUUAGUGGCCAUAAAUCCUUAUGAACAGCUGCCUAUCUAUGGCGAAGAUAUCAUCAACGCGUACAGUGGCCAAAAUAUGGGGGAUAUGGAUCCACAUAUCUUUGCGGUGGCUGAAGAAGCGUAUAAGCAGAUGGCCAGAGAUGAGCGAAAUCAGUCGAUCAUUGUCAGUGGGGAGUCUGGAGCGGGAAAGACCGUCUCUGCUAAGUAUGCCAUGCGGUACUUUGCCACGGUCAGUGGGUCUGCCAGUGAAGCCAACGUUGAGGAGAAAGUCUUGGCCUCCAACCCCAUCAUGGAGUCUAUCGGAAAUGCCAAAACCACGAGGAACGACAACAGCAGUCGCUUUGGGAAGUACAUUGAAAUUGGGUUUGAUAAGAGGUAUCGAAUCAUUGGUGCUAACAUGAGAACUUACCUCUUGGAAAAAUCCAGAGUGGUGUUUCAGGCAGAAGAGGAGAGAAAUUACCACAUCUUUUACCAGCUUUGUGCCUCUGCAGCAUUACCUGAGUUUAAAACUCUACGAUUAGGGAAUGCAAACUACUUUCACUAUACGAAGCAAGGGGGAAGCCCUGUGAUCGAUGGUGUCGAUGAUGCUAAGGAAAUGGUGAACACGAGGCAAGCCUGCACUUUGCUAG